AUGCUAAAUAAAGAUAGGUUCGAUGCCACUGACUUCAAUGUUGAUCCAACUAUAAGAUAUCAAUUCUGGAACGUGUCUUUUGGAAUAAUAACUCAAUCGCUUUAUGUUACCCUGGCUCAGCAAUCUAUGCAAAGAAUAUAUUCCUUACCAACUGUGAACAAGGCGCGUGCUAUAUUUGUUAUAGCAACACCAUUUUAUGCUAUGAUUGUCGUAAUGGGAGUACUCGAAGGUAUUGUACUGUUUGCUUACUUUUCUGAAAAGGGCUGUGACAUACUCGAAGCAGGAAUCAUUGACAAUGUAAAUGCUAUUGUACCAUUUGCUGUUCUUGAACUAUUUCAUAACCAACCAGGUUUAGCAGGAUUAUUUACAGCUUGCCUUUCAAGUGCAGGAUUAAGUACUUUGUCGUCGUGUCUUAGUAGUUUAUCUGCUAUAACAUACGAGGACAUUAUAAAGGUUCAUUUCAGACAGAUCACACCUUGUCAAGCAACAAGAAUAGCAAAGGUUUUCGUGUUGUUUUACGGCAUCGUUGCGAUCGCUCUUUCGUUCUUAAUGUUACACAUUCCUGGCUCCAUAUCAGCUAUCUUCAUCGGAUUUAUAAGUUGUAUGGACGGUCCUGUAUGUGCUCUCUUUAUUGUAUCUUUGAUGUGUCGUAGAAUAACAACAACAGGAAUUUCCAUUGGAAUUGUCUGCGGAUGUGGACUGGUAUGUUGGCUAAUCAUCGGAAGUAAUUUUUCUGACGUUCCGCCGUAUCCAUACCUUGCGCAUGGUCCAAUUGACGAGUGUUCUUUAUAUCUCAACUCUACAGAUGUUAGGACAGAAGACACACUAAAAUUUUAUAAUGCCAGCACGACGUCAAUGUCUUUGACUGGUAUUCCGUUUUCAAUGACAUUUACUUCCUCGCCUGCUCCUAAUGAAACUGUAAGUUCUUCAUCACUUCUCCAUACAAUAUACAGUAUUUCAUAUACACUGUAUUCUUUAAUUGGCUUCUGUACGACAGUCUGUGUAGGUUUAGCUGUUAGCUUCUGCACUAAACGACAAGACACGAUUGAUGAAAGAUGCUUGUUUUCGUUUAGGAAACACAUGCUUAAUGAUCUAUUCGUGUGUAAACAGUCAAAGUGUGAAAAUCAUAAGAAAAAUGAAGAUGUCCUUGAAGAUGUGAGGUUUCUUUCAAAAGAAACUGAGUUUUGA